CCCAGUCGGCUCUUUUAUUCCAGAUGCUAGUUAGUAUACAUCAAUCUCAAUGAUGAAAAACUAAACAUUUAUAUGUAAAUACUUACAUAGAGUAAAUGUUAUUACAUAUGAAUGUUGCAUGUUAUGAUGUUAUGAUGCACUGCCUUAUAUCUACAACUAGAGUGUCACUCAGUAGAGCUCAUACCUCACGAUGUUAAUCUGAAUUAAUCCUGUCUCUGUGGUGAACCAGUGACGUCACCUCAUCUUUCCAACAUGGAGGCUGUGCUGGUGUUUCCCUUCAUGUGGAUCUUCUUUAAGAUCUCUGUCACUUAUAUUUUAAUUUCCAGCGGUUCAGAAGACGCAGAAACCAGAGAUGGAACUCGAUGAUGCAGAUAAAACAAUGGCGGCACAAACAUUGUGGGACUUUCACAGAGAACCAGUGGAGAGAGGCUGCACAGGAGGAACCAGAGGAGAGGUCACGAGGGAUGGACACGGACCCAACAACCUGCUGAGGGACGUCCAGGCCCUCAGCCAGCAGAUGGAGGCCCCUCAGUGUCAGCAGAGGGGGGGUGAUUGGUCUGUAGUUCGACGCCACCUCCAGGAGCUGAUCAGGGAAAACUCCGAGCUGAGGAAGAGACUGACACUCGCUCUGCAGCGCUGUCUGCUGGCCGGGCGAUGCACUGCGCACCAGGAGGAACUCACACAGACGGAGCUUCGCCUGUGGGACAGACGCCUCCUGCUGACGAGGAGGAACGUCUCUGCCCAGAAGACAAAAACCGUCUCAUUCAUCAACGGAGACAUGAGACACAUUUUAGAAGACGGGAAAGUGGUGUAUUAUUAUGCCGGUGCACAGAUUACACACACCACCCACCCGAGUGGUCUGGAGAUACUUCACUUCCCCAACCAGCAGAUCGAGAAGCGACACCCCGGAGGGAGGAGAGAGAUCGUGUUUCCAGACGAGACCAUCAAGUCUUUGGAGCCCGACGGCAGCGAGAGGACGAUCUUCAGCGACGGGACCAUCGUUCUCGUUUCACCGUCCGGGGAGAAGAUGAUUGAUUUCCCCGGUGGUGAAAGAGACGUCCACACUCCUCAGUUCAAGAGGAGACAGUAUCCUGACGGGACGGUUCGGACCAUCUACCCCGACGGACGCCAGCAAACCCAGUACACAUCAGGACGAGUGCGAGAGAAGAACAGAGUCACACAAUCUCAAUAACUGUUUGUGUUCACAUGGGCAGGAGAUAUUCUUUUUAAAUGUUUGUCACGUUCUUUUGUGUCACACUUUUGUUUCUCCUGAUCCAGAUCAUGUGGCAGCACUUUCAUCUGAAUAAGUGAUGAACUUAUGAAUGUAGCACGGUCAAGUCUCCAUGAGCGAAAUCUGAGUCCGUCACUGAAAUGAAUGAAAUGGCUUAAAACUCCACAAAUAUAAAUGUUGAAAGUUUCUACUAACUGAACUAAACACAACCUACAAAAUGUUAUGACAAGGAUUCAAUAAAAUUAUGAAUUAUUUUCUUUGUGCUGUUGUAAACACUGCAAAAAAUGUGUUAAACCACUUUCCACG